GCACAUGCUCUAAGCCGGCACUGGAUCAUAUUAUAUAUCAAUUUUUCACACUCAUAUUUUGGACAUUAUCAUCAGCUAAAGUACCUCAAACAAAUUCAUUUAUUGUCACAUGUUACUACGCGAAAUGUAUUCAUAGUUCUGUUUCCUGUACCGCCGCUUCACGUUCAAUUUUUCCGAUGAUUCAUCUCAGUUGUGUGUCAGUCCCAGAGAGAGGGAGUUUUCUCUGCGUCUUUUUCGUAUUAUAAUUAAUAUUAUCGAACGAUAGAUAGUUAAUCUUAUUAUUUUAACGGUGUAUAAAUACGCCACGUACUGUAAAUUCACCGAGUGAGUAAAAAGGAAAAAGCGACGCAGAAAAACGGAAAUGUAAGGAAGGUUGGAGUGAGUGAUCUAAAGACUCAAUCCGUAGUUCUUGCUUGCAUCGUAGUAGCUAUGGAACCGGUUCUUGAACCAGCACCGUACGUGAACUCAAACCCGUUGCCUAUACCGCCUCCUUUGAACUCGGUGCCGCCUUUUUUGAGCAAAACCUACGACAUGGUUGAUGAUCCUUCCACCAAUGAGGUCGUUUCUUGGAGCAGCGGAAACAACAGCUUCGUCGUCUGGGACGUUCCCGAGUUCUCGAAGGUGUUCUUGCCUAAGUACUUCAAGCACAAUAAUUUCUCCAGCUUCGUCAGACAGUUAAAUACUUAUGGAUUCAGAAAAGUUGAUCCAGAUCGAUGGGAAUUUGCAAACGAGGGAUUUUUAAGAGACCAAAAACAACUACUAAAGGGUAUUACAAGGAGGAAAUCAUCGCAUGUGCAGCAACAAACUCAAGUUCAGAACUCAUCUCUUGCUCCUUGUGUCGAGGUAGGGAAGUUUGGAAUAGCGGAAGAAGUGGAAAGACUCAAGAGGGAUAAGAACGUUCUUAUGCAUCAACAACAGGCCACCGAGAACCAGCUGAAGGACGCGGUGCAGAAAGUUCAGGCGAUGGAGCAGAGGCAACAGCAGAUGAUGUCGUUUUUAGCGAAGGCUGUUCAGAGUCCAGGCUUCUUGAACCAGUUAGUAGCACAACAGAGUAAUGAUGGUAACAGACAGAUUCAGGGAAGCAGUAACAAAAAGAGGAGGCUUCCUGGGGAGGAGGCUAAUGAUGUUGAUCGUCAGAUUGUUAAGUAUCAGCCAUCCAUAAAUGAAGCAGCACAAACUAUGCUUCGACAGUUCUUGAAUAUGAGUAGCUCACCUGAGUCUGAAUCGGUUCCAAACAAUCCUGGCAGUUUCAGUCCUAGCUCUCUGAACUCCUCGAAUACAGUUUCUGGAGUAACACUGCCCGAGGUUUCACCCGACUCAGCUCAUUCAGCAGCAAUGAACCAAGUACCUGAUGCAGGUUUGGCUCAUCAUCCUCAAGCUGGUCUGGUUCAUCCAAACUUAGGUCCAAGUCCAGCUGCAGCUACUUGGAGCCCUGAAUCUGAAUGCAAGACAGGUAAUGGAGAGUGUUUGGAUCCAAUAAUGGCUGCUUUAGGUGGGUCGUUGGAGAUGGAAGGCGAUGCAGUUUCUCCUGAAGGUGAGGGAGAGGUGAAAGAGUUACUGGUCCCUCAGCUGCCUGGAGUCCAAGACCCAUUCUGGGAACAGUUUUUUGCUGAUGAAGCCCCAGUGAGUGGAGAGACAGACGAGACUAUAUCAGGGUCAGUGGAGACAAUGGAGCAAGAACUGAGGGAGUGGACUAGGGAUCAACAACAAGUGAACCAUAUCACUGAACAAACGGGGUUUCUUUCUUCGGAAACACAUGGGGGUAAGAAUGAAAAACAUGUUCUCUGCAUUAUUGUUCUGCCAUUUGUCUUUCACAGGUGUAUAUUUUUCAGGGGAGGCUGUGAAGGGGAUAUGAACGGAGGAGGAGGAGAUAUAUCAUAGGGUUUGACUUUCACAUGCAUAAAACCUACGAAAAGAACAAACAAUGCAGCGCCAACGUACUUGUGAAUAGUCCUUUAGAGAUGACUGUGUGUGUUUUUUUUUGUUACAUGUUGCUUGUUUACAACGGCCUUCAUGUUCAAUUAUCAACCACUAUGAUAAUCUUUGGUCCCUGACUAACUCGAGCUAAAAACUAAUAGACAUUAACCAUACAUGUUCGUAUCUUUUGCUAUAAAGAUCAUUAAGAUGGAUUAAUAUAUAAAACAUUCACACGAUGAGAAGUCAAGGUUCAAUUCGAUUGCAUGGGAAGGAAAAGAAUCUGUACCAAUAAAUAUAUAUCUUCAAGGGAUAAUUUGUAUAGUUUCCUCGACUCUUCUUCGGUUGAUGCUUGGAGCUUGUAGUUUGGUGCUCAGACCAGGACAACGAUGAUGACAAUGAGUAUAACGAUCCCAAAUAU